GGCGCCUGGCCACUCGGGGAGGCUCCCGACGGCCACGCGGCGACCAGAACGGGGCCGGCGGGGCGGGCUGACGGCUGGGCGCCCGGCAACUGCCGACAGAGAUGGAGAAGUUUCAGGCUGCGAUGCUGCUGGGGGCCGUGGGCGAUGCGCUCGGGCACGGACGCGCCUUCGGGAAGGACAGCGCCUCGGGCCCCGAGGUCCAGAAGGAACCGGGAAAGGUGGGGGGACUGGACCACCUCGUGCUCUCGCCAGAGAAGUGGCCGGUGAGUGACAACACCAUCAUGCACAUGACGACGGCAGGGGCCCUGGUCACAGACUUCUGGUCCCUGGACGACCUGUACCGUGAGAUGGUGCGACGCUACGUGGACGUGCUCGAGAAGCUCCCGGGGCAGCGGGUAGACCCGGCCACCGUCGAGGGCUGCUCGCAGCUGAAGCCCGACAACUAUCUCCUGGCCUGGCACACGCCCUUCAACGAGAAAGGCUCCGGGUUUGGUGCUGCCACCAAGGCGAUGUGCGUAGGCAUGCGGUACUGGCAGCCGGGGCGGCUGGAGACGCUGCUCGAGGUCAGCGUGGAGUGCGGCCGGAUGACGCACAACCAUCCCACAGGCUUCCUCGGGUCCCUGUGCACGGCCCUGUUCGCGUCGUACGCCAUUCAGGGGAAGCGGCUGGAGCAGUGGGGACGAGACAUGCUGAGGACGGUCCCGCUGGCCGAGGAGUAUUGUAAGAGGACCAUCCGGCACCUGGCAGAAUACCAGGAGCACUGGUUUUACUUUGAAGCUAAAUGGCAGUUUUACUUGGAGGAGAGAAAAAUCAGUGAGGACACGGAGAAUGAGGCCAGCUUUCCCGACCGCUAUGACGCAGAGGAGAGGGACAAGACCUACAGGAAAUGGAGCUCGGAAGGUCGAGGCGGCCGGCGGGGCCACGACGCCCCCAUGAUUGCCUACGAUGCCCUUUUAGGGGCCAAGGGCAGCUGGACGGAGCUCUGCCAGCGGGCCAUGUUCCACGGAGGUGAGAGCGGGGCCACGGGAGCCAUCGCCGGCUGCCUGUUCGGGCUGCUGCACGGCCUGGACGCCGUCCCCGCGGGCCUGUACCGCGCGCUGGAGCACAGGGAGGAGCUGCGGCGCCUGGGCGAGGUGCUCUACCGCCAGUCCACGGAGGAGAACACUCAUAACCACGACGGCUCUGCUCGGACGGCCUCCUCUGUCUGCAGGGCGCCCAGCGCGGUCUCUUUCCAGCUCUUAGACGUGCGGUGCGACACUUGCACACCUCGGGCCCCCAGCCUCGCGGGGCCUCGCCUGGCGCUGUGUCUGCGUUCUCACCACCGUGUGUCCAGAGCAGGAGGAAGAGAAGCCAGCGCUGGUGCCUGCGGGGGGGGGCCGCACGCUCUGUUUAAGCUCCAGCCCACAUGUUUCAUCUCACUAGAUUUAACACCAGCCUCUCUUAGAACGACUAACUGACGAAGCCAGGAAACGGGGGCCUCGUGCGGCCCGCAUCCUCCCACGCGCCGCCCUGCCCCGGGCUCGCUGACGAGGACAGAGCUGGCCCUGUUCCCCGUGGCCGGGGCUUCUCCACACUUGCUCUUGUUAAAAAUAACCUUGGACACAGAUCUCUCUGAAGUAGCCUCGGGUGUGAGUAAAGCAGCGGUUGGUG